AUGCCUUCUGAUGUGCAGGCACAGAGCCCACGGGGAAAGUUCUCACUUCUGAGCGUCUUUGCUCUCCUCCCCCCGCCCCGGGACUCAGAGGGUUUUCUGGCCCCCACCACUCCCUGGUCUGGCCCUCUGAACGCCUGUCCCGAGGGCCCUGCAGGGCAGCAGGGACUGCUCCGGGGGAGCCGAGGGUCAGAGAAGACCCCUGCCCCACCCACCAGCUUUUUUCUAGCCAUCCCCUGCCGGGGCGUGGGGCUGUGUUUGGCUCAGCUCCUCUGCUGGGUGGUCGCACAGGUGUAUAUAUGUUUUGUACGUUGGCCAAUGACUGUACAUAGUGUAUGA